GCAGGUGAAUGAUUUCAUCUUGAUCUCCGAGAGCACCUACACCCGGGAGCAGAUUCUGAAGAUGGAGAAGGCCAUCCUGAACAGGCUGGAGUGGAACCUGACGGUGCCCACGCCCUACGUCUUUCUGGUGCGUUUCGCCAAGGCCGCGUCUUCCUCAGAUCACAAGAACGACGAGGAGAUGGAGAACACCGUCUUCUUCUUCGCGGAGCUGGCGCUGCUGCAGUACGGGCUGGUGCAGUCCAAGCCCUCCAUGGUGGCCGCCACAGCUGUCUACACCGCCAGGCUCACCCUCAAGAAGACCCCUUUGUGGACCGACACUCUGAAGCACCACACUGGCUUUACUGAAGCACAGCUGAUGGACGCUGCCAAGAUCCUGGUGGCCUCGCACUCCACCGCACCUGACAGCAAGCUGAAGGUUGUCUACAAGAAGUACUCGAGCAUAUAUUUUGCCUAA